CCGCCACCUGCCCGGAGCUUGCGCUACUCCCCAUCUCCUCCGCCCGGGAGGGGACCUCCGGCUUGGGAUCAAAGGCACAGCCUGAGCGCGGCCUGGGUCGGGGGAAGGGGCAGGGGCUGGAAUGUCGGCGGAGGUCGGACUUGCCCCGACCUGCCCCAGGCGCUGAGCACCUAGGGCCACCGCCUUCUCCUCACGAGGUGUCUAGGUGGCCGGGAGGCCCAGCCCUGGCCUGGGGCAGCCGGAACAAGGUGCCUUUUUGAAGGCCACCUCCGGCCCGGGAGCUGGUGAGGCCGCCCGGAUCCCCUACGCCUCUCUGGAGCGUCCUGAUUGUGCGGCUUCCCUCUCUGUUUCCUCUCGUCCACCACCCCAAAGCCGACCCCCGCCAGGUCCCUGGCCCCGCACCUCCUUGUAAUUGAGUGGGUCCUGCGUGCCAGGCCCGUGCGGGGGUUUGAUGAGCCUCUUCUAGGUUAACUUCCACGGCAGAGGACAAAGGCUUGAUUCCCCAGAGUCUGGGUGCCCUGUUAGAUGGAAACCCCUCUGCCUCUCCCAGUCCAGGGCAGCCCCUCUAUUGCUCCUUCCCCAGGCCCGGGCUGCAGGAGGACCUUUCUGGCUCUACCUCCACGAUCCACACGGGUCCCUGCCCUGGGACUUGCCCUUGACAUCUCUUCCUGGAGUACACAUCCUCGCCCUUUAUUUUCCUCCCAGCUUCUGUGGAAAGUUGAAGUUGUCUGCUGGUUUAUGUCUCUCUCCCUCCUAGAAUACAAGCUGCUCAAGGGACUGGCUCCUGUCUGUCCCGGCCUGUGCUGGGUCUACACAUACCAAGUACUCGGUAUGCGUGGAAAGUAGGUGGGAAUGAGAACCUGCCCUCGGUGGACUCCACUAGGCCUCCUGAGACCUGCAAAGGACUCCCCGGGGUCCCUCAGCCCAGCGUUGGACUGUACAGACUGAGGCCAACCCCCGAGAAGAAACCAGAGGCAUCCUGAAAAUUUUUUCUGUGAUGGGUGUCAGCGAAUCUACUGUCUACCCCAUGAAUGAGAGCUCAGGACUGCCAGCCUGGGAGUGCUGAGGACUCACCCUUGCUGUUCUUUAAGACCACGAGAGAAGGAAGCGGAAGAGAGAAAGAGGCACUCCCUGCCCAACACCCAAGUCCACGUCCUAACCCAUUUGCUACCUGCUUCAGGAUCGAGGAGCAGCCUCUUGUCACGGCUCCUGCUGGGCUCUGGGGAGUCAACUAGAGGGCACUGCCACCAGCCCCUGCCUUUAAUGCCUUGGCCUGCCACUCAGGCCUCUCAUUCCCCAUCUGAGGACAAGCGUUCCGCCAACCUGGCAAAUUUACCAAGAGAAGCGUGACAGCCAGGUAAUGGCGAGAAAUCUCCACGAUGCCCACGGACGCCUUCUCUGAAUCAGGACCUCUACCUCUCCGGGGACCAGCUCUCCGAACUCGGUCUUCCUUGGAGUGGACAGGGGACUGGAGUCGGGGCCAGCUGGCCAAACGUGCACCUACUGAUUCACAGCCCGAUUCCCUGCACCUCCCCAAGUCUGAUCGAAGCUCUUUUCCGCGCGCUACUUCCUAAAUCCUGUAAAUCAGGCCUCCCGUUCGAGCGUCUCGGCGCUCUAUUGGAAAGACUCAGGGCUCGUUUUCCUUUCUCUGGAAUGAACUGCUCAGACUACCGCGGAGCUUCUCCCUGGGCUCUAACUGCGCAGGCGCAAAGUGGCGGCCCGCUCAGCAACAGGAGCCGCAGAAGUUAAGCAACCGAGAGGCGGGCCUAGGACCGGAAGCAGGAAGGAGGGCGCAGGAAGCGGGGUGCCGCAGCCCGUCGCACAGUCGGUCCGUGGGUUUGCCAGUGCCCAGCGUGGGAUGGAGAAGCUGCGGCUCUUGGGCCUCCGCUACCAGGAGUACGUGACUCGUCACCCGGCCGCCACGGCGCAGCUGGAGACGGCGGUGCGAGGCCUCAGUUACCUGCUGGCAGGUCGCUUCUCCGAUUCGCAUGAGCUGUCAGAACUGGCUUACUCUACCUACACGAAUGAGGUGGGCACCGUUGUGUUCGCUGCCCAGCAGAGGGAACAGAAGUUCAGUGAGGUUAGGGAACAGCCACAGAUGGCGGCAGAACCAGGAUUCAAAUCCCGAUCUCCCAGAGUUUUGUUUCUCAAACUGGAAUUGCCACAGAAGUGUUUGCCCAUGUACUCAGCCUCCAACCUGCUUGUGCUGCUCAAUGACGGGAUCCUUCGGAAGGAACUUCGGAAGAAGUUGCCCGUGUCGCUGACCCAGCAGAAGUUGCUGACAUGGCUGAGCGUGCUGGAGUGCGUGGAGGUGUUCGUGGAGAUGGGGGCUGCCAAGGUGUGGGGCGAAGUGGGCCGCUGGCUUGUCAUCGCCCUCAUCCAGCUGGCCAAGGCUGUCCUGAGAAUGUUCCUGCUGCUCUGGUUCAAGGCUGGCCUCCAGACCUCACCCCCCAUUGUUCCCCUGGACAGGGAGACCCAGGCACAGCCCCCAGAUGGUGACCCCAGCCGGAGUGACCAGGAGCAGUCCUAUGUGGGAAAGCGGUCAAACCGAGUGGUGCGCACCCUUCAGAACACUCCGACCCUGCACUCCAGGCACUGGGGAGCCCCCCAGCAGUGCGUGGCUCGGCCGCAGCGGCAGGAAGAGCUGAGCAUCCCCCCCACGCCCCUGGGGCUGCAGGAGACCAUCGCAGAGUCCUUGUACAUAGCACGGCCUCUGCUGCACCUGCUCAGUCUAGGCCUCUGGGGUCAGCGGUCGUGGACACCCUGGCUCCUGUCUGGUGUCUUGGACGUGACCAGCCUCAGCCUCCUGAGUGACAAGAAGGCCCUGACACGGAGGGAGCGGCUGGAGCUGCGGCGGCGGACCAUCCUGCUGCUAUACUACCUGCUGCGCUCCCCAUUCUACGACCGCUUCUCUGACACCGAGAGGCUGAGGCAGGCAGAUCACCACGAGUUCAAGACCAGCCUGGACCACAUAGCAGGACCUUGUCUCACCGAGACUUACCCAGAUGGUCUUCCCCACACACAUGUGCGUUUGCCUCCACUUUACCCCAGGUGUCUCAGGUUCUCAGACACGGUGAUUGCAGGGUGGCUCCCCGGGGUGCAAGGCCUGGGGUUUGGCCCGUCUCUCCUAGCCUGACCAUCCUGGGCCCCCCCAGAGUGGGGCCUGAAUGGAGUGGGGCCUGAAUGGAGCAGGCCCUGGGGACCAGACAGAGAAGUUCCUGUUUCCCCAGAGGAUGGGGCCUAGCUGCAGGCUGCUGGGAGGAGGCGUCUGUCCCCUCAUGGCCCACACCAUAGUCCCUGCCUGUGUGGCCUUGGACAGCUUACUUGACCUCUCUGUGCCUCAGUUUCUUAUCAGUAAAAUGGAGAUGAUGGUAGUACCUUCCCCACAGGGUUGGGGUUGUUGCAGAGCAUAAGUGACACACGGUCCUGCUGGAU